AUGGAUGCGAAACCUCACCGAAUUCGCGUCCGUGGCGACGAGAAUGUGCCUCCCUCACUCCAUAACAACAAAACAAUCCAUCAGCGCAACAAGUCCAUGUCGGCACUGAACGCCACCCAGGGCAUGAAGAAUGGUACUCGAAGGGCCUUCGGGGACGUGAACCCGAACAAGGACAUCUCUCGCGCUAGUCGUGAUGACUCUGCCCUUGUGGGAAAGCUUGCUGUACAAGUUUCAGAGAAGCCUGCACUUUCACAGGCUGCCCAGCGCACCGUGUCCGUGUCUAGCUCCAAAAGCUUGCUCAAUGUCACUACUAAGCCCAUCAACCCAGCUGGAAAGGCUCAACCUACCAAAUUAGUCAAGCGAAACAAUCCCGUGUUCCGCGACAACCUCGAGCCCGUUGUUGAGAAGGAUCCCCUUACUACCCGUUCAGUUCGGCGGAGUGAACCCUCUGAAAAACAAACAGCUUCCAAGGAGAUUCAGAAAUUCGACAAGAAGGAAGCUCCCACUAUUUCCGCAGAUGAUUCAAUGGCUGUCUUGCAGGCAAGUCGUGCCUCAGACUCGACCGAGUCGGAUACUACCAUCUCCGACACUGAGGAUUCCAAGGCUGCUCCCUCUACAUCGCUUAAGGUAUCAGCUCCAAUGGUCUCCGAGCCUGAAGAGCACUGGGAAGAGGAGGAUAGCCUGACCGCGCCUUCGACCUUGCGAGCGGACAACACUACAGGUGGUACUACCACUGUGAUUUAUCCCAAAUUCACCGCGAGCACGAAGCGCCAGAUCUUGCAAGCUAGACAAAUAGUCGAAGCUGCACGCACGGAGGAAGAUAUUUUGGAGGAUUUUUAUGAUACUAGCAUGGUUGCUGAGUACAACUCUGAGAUCUUCCUUCACCUUCGUCAAAAAGAGGUAUCGAUGCUUCCAAUUGCUGAUUACAUGGCCAACCAGGCCGAGAUUCAAUGGUCCAUGCGCGCUGUUUUAAUGGACUGGCUCGUACAGGUGCAUUUCCGCUUUGCUUUACUCCCGGAAACUCUGUACCUCUGCGUCAAUUACAUUGACCGAUUCCUGUCAAACAAGAUCGUCUCCUUAGGCAAGCUGCAGCUAGUAGGUGCCACUGCAUUGUUCAUUGCAGCCAAGUACGAAGAGAUCACUGCGCCCUCGGUCCAAGAGAUCGUCUACAUGGUCGACGGGGGCUACACUGUUGAUGAGAUCUUGAAGGCCGAGCGCUUUAUGCUCAACAUCCUGGAGUUCGAAUUGGGAUGGCCCGGUCCAAUGAGCUUCCUUCGUCGUAUCAGCAAAGCAGAUGAUUAUGACCUAGAGACUCGCACUGUUGCCAAGUACUUCAUUGAGCUCACAAUUAUGGAUGAGCGUUUCGUUUGCACUCCUCCUAGCUUCGCCGCAGCUGGGGCCCACUGCCUCGCUCGACUGAUGCUCCGGAAAGGAUGCUGGACUUCGGCGCACGCAUACUAUGCCGGGUACACCUACGUGCAAUUGCUGCCUGUUAUCACAAACAUGCUAGACUGCUGCGAGAACCAGCAAAGCCACCACCAGGCGAUCUAUGAGAAAUACCUUGACCGUAGAUUCAAGCGUGCCUCACUCUUUGUGGAGAAUGAGGUCCGGGCUUCAUUCACCCUACCAGCCGCUACUCCCUUCAAUGACCCUGCACGCCUGACAGGUGAUGCAAACUACUAA